AUGGAGGACAACGGCAAUAAAUCUGUGCAACACGAGAGACGAGUGAUAACCCCGAAUAACUUGAGAAGUUCAAUAUGGAAGCACUUCGGGUUUUGGACUGAAAAUAAAAAUAUGAAGAAGGACAAAGUGGUAUGCAAACUGUGCGAUCGCGAGUUUCCAUAUCACAGCAGCACUACAUCUAUGAGGGGACAUAUGCAGCUUCAUCAUCCAGAUGAAUAUAAAGACCUAGAGCGGGAAGAGCCACCCGCUAAACAGCCAAAACUGACUAACUUUUUCCCCCCGUCUGCACCUCUAAAUGCUGCACGGAAAGAGGCUAUAAACUCGAAGCUCGCAAAGUUCAUUUGUAGAGACAUGAGGCCAAUUAGCAUUGUGGAGGGUGAAGGUUUCAUUGAUUUUGUUCGUGAACUUGAGCCUAGAUACAUUAUACCUAGCCGAACCACCGUAACGAAGAACAUUGCGAAAAUAUAUGACACUACUCGUGAAAACAUGCGUCAGAUUUUAAGUGGCAAAAACGUUGCUCUGACUACCGACGGAUGGAGUUCCCUCGCUACAGAGGCAUACGUCACAGUGACAGCACACGUCAUCUCAGAAACUUGGGAAUUCCACGAUUUUGUACUGCAAACGAAGCAGCUGAGAGGUAGCCAUACAGCUGAGAAUGUUGCAGAGUGCAUCACGGGCAUAUUGAGGGAUUUCGCAAUACAGCCUGAUUCAGUUGUUGCAUUCACUACUGAUAAUGCACUUAAUUAUGUUAAUGCUGUGGAGCAGCACCUAGGUGCUGUUAAUAUACCGUGUCUAGCCCACACAAUCAACUUGGCUGUACGCAAAGGGUUAGAUGUCAGAGCCAUAGACACAACUCUAGCAAGGCUAAGAAAAACUGCCUCUCAUUUUCACAGAUCCACUACAGACAGCAGUCUUUUGGAGGAUAAGCAGCGUCUGCUUGGUCUAAAGCCAGAUAAACUAAUCAAUGAUUGUGUGACAAGAUGGAACUCUACCUACGAUAUGAUUUGUAGGGCAUCUGAGCAACAAGCAGCCGUGGCAGCCGUGAUUUUUGACAAAAAAAUGUCUAAUCUAGAACUGACCACAACUGAGUGGCGCCUGGUUGAACAGGUGCGAGAGACACUUAAACCUUUCAAAGUCGCCACCCAAGCAUUGUCCACAUGCAAAUACCCUACAUCCUCAGCUGUACUGCCUUUGCAACACGUACUUUUGUCUCAAGUUCAAAAAAUCAGGUUUCAUCGUUUAAUCCAUAUAACGGAGGAAAAGAAGCAACAGGUGCGCGCAAACAUUAGAGAGGAAUUGUCACUGCAGUCUGACAAUGACGAACCCGUGGAGGCGGAGCCAUGCAGCUCGGGUUCAAGCACGGGAAAGACGGCCUUAACAGCAAUGGGGGAUCUGUUUGGAGACGUAUACUCAAGGGGCUACGAAAGACCUAAUGAUGUCGAAAGCGACCUCUUACAGGAGAUGAUGCGUUAUGAAAAGGAGCCACCAUUGCCAGCUGACAGCGACCCGCUUUUGUGGUGGAAGAUUGGCAGUACGAAAAACCCCCACCUUGCGCAGCUAGCAAUGAAGUACCUGAGUGUACCUGGGACAUCAGUGCGGUCAGAGCGCGUUUUCUCAACAGCUGGACAUAUAGUGAAUAAAAAACGCUCUGCUCUGGACCCUGAAAAUGUCGACCGACUUGUUUUCCUGUCCAAUAAUUUAUAA